AGAAAAUCAUCCGUUGGAGCGUUUUAUUCCCUCACUGUGCUGCUCUACCUCCUUGUAGUAGCAGUUAGCGGCCAUCUAUGUAAUUUGACCCAAUUCAUUCAUUCACUUUUUUCCCCCACACCCAGGGCACGUUGUCUCCCGCUGCCUACUUAGCUUUAGCGUAUUAGCACAGAAAGCAGCAGCGUUUGUUUGUUGUUGUUGUUUUGUUUUGCUAAGCUCCGCGACUCCCUCCGACGUUCCUCGGUGUAUGCCUCGGCGAGUGUCCGUAGCAGGCUGGGUGGUGACAGCAUAAUGAUCGAGCGACCAGAGACUGCGGUUCCGAGCAUCGCUCAGCGGAACCUAGAGGGCUACGUGGGCUUCGCCAAUCUCCCCAACCAGGUGUACCGGAAGUCCGUCAAGAGAGGCUUCGAGUUUACCUUAAUGGUUGUUGGUGAGUCUGGUCUGGGCAAAUCCACUCUCAUCAACUCUUUGUUCCUGACUGACCUGUACUCCAAGGAUUACCCGGGACCAUCGCAGCGCAUAAAGAAGACCGUGCAGGUCGAGCAGUCUAAAGUUUUGAUCAAGGAGGGGGGCGUCCAGCUGACUCUAACCAUCGUGGACACGCCGGGCUUUGGAGAUGCAGUGGACAACAGCAAUUGCUGGCAGCCCGUCAUAAAUUAUAUCGACAGCAAGUUUGAGGACUUCCUGAACGCCGAGUCGAGGGUGAACCGCAGAUCCAUGCCAGAUAACAGAGUUCACUGCUGCCUGUAUUUCAUUGCGCCUUCUGGACAUGGUUUAAAGCCUCUGGAUAUUGAAUUCAUGAAGAGGCUCCAUGACAAAGUCAACGUCAUUCCUCUCAUUGCCAAAGCAGACACACUGACCCCCGAGGAGUGUCAGCUGUUUAAAAAGCAGAUAAUGAAAGAGAUACAGGAGCACAAAAUAAAAAUAUACGAGUUCCCCGACACCGAGGACGAUGAGGACAAUAAGCUCAUCAGAAAGAUCAAGGAAAAGAUGCCGCUGGCUGUGGUUGGCAGCAAUGUGGUUGUGGAGGUGAACGGCAAGAAGGUCAGAGGUCGCCAGUACCCAUGGGGCGUGGCAGAAGAGGGCAUUUUUGUGGAGAACGGGGAACACUGCGACUUCACGGUGCUGCGCAACAUGUUGAUCCGGACCCACAUGCAGGAUCUGAAAGACGUCACCAACAACGUCCACUACGAGAAUUAUCGCAGUAAGAAACUGGCUGCCGUCACCUGCAACGGGGUGGACACCUCAAAGACCAAGGGACAACUCACAAAAAGCCCUCUGGCUCAGAUGGAGGAGGAGCGCAGGGAGCAUGUGAUGAAGAUGAAGAAGAUGGAGGCAGAGAUGGAGCAGGUCUUUGAAAUGAAGGUUAAGGAGAAGAAACAGAAGCUGAAGGAUUCAGAGGCUGAGCUGGAGAGGCGCCACGAACAGAUGAAGAGGAACCUGGAGGCGCAGUACAAAGAGCUGGAGGAGAAGAGGCGAGUGUUUGAGGACGAGAAGGCCAACUGGGAAGCCCAGCAGCGAAUCCUCGAGCAGCAGAAACUGGACGCCUCCAAGACUAUGGAGAAGAACAAGAAGAAAGGGAAAAUCUUUUAAAGCCAGUGACAGCCUCCCGGUUCAGCUUCAAGCUCCUCUUCCUCUCCAUCUCCCCCGACGUCUUCGUGUCGCGCGGGCCUGCGACGGCACAUUCAGGCAGAAAUCAACUCGGUGUCGCACGGCGCACAAACGGACCCGUCUCUGCGGCGCUCCUGGUUCUCAUGACGAAUGCAUGUUUGUGGAUUUCUAUUUUCCUGUAUUUCUCGACAAAGAGGGCGCCUUCCUCGGAGCUGACACGUGGCAGGGACCACGCAUAGCCAUUUGUAAACAUGUAGUUGUUCAUAGAUCAGCCGUGUCCGUUACUGUUGCAAAGUUAAAACGCGUUAAACCUCGGCGAGUGUUUGCAGCCAUUUCUGCAGCGAGGUCAGAGGUCACGUCGGAUCCUGGCCCAGUCGCGCUGAUGCUGCCUCGCCCCCCCUGCAGAACGACUAGCUAGUGAACAUGUUUAACCUUCAGCGGCGCUCAGUAGUCACCAGAUCUCCUGCUGCCUCAGGAUUCCACAUCUUUCAUUCAUAAAAAAACAAAAGAGGAGCUACAAACAUUCAGGUUUUGAUACAUAUGUUGGCAAAAAGUUUCCCAAUAAUAAUUUUUCUUCUCUCUUGUUAAAAAAACGUCUUCUGUAAUUAACCGAUGCAGUUUAAAUGAAAUAAAAGGUUCUCAGCCUGAAAAAUGUGUGCAGUCUGUCCAACUGACGGCGCUACUUAACGUUUUUGUCCCAUUAACCAGAUUAAAUCGAAAUAUCUUUAGACGAUGUCAUAUUUUUAGAGCUGUGAAAUUAAGGAUUACACAUUCGUCUGAAAAAUAAUCCCAUCUAACUUUAUUUUGAAACGUUGGGAGGAUUAAUUUCUGAUCUGCUUUUCCUCAACUCAUUUCAGAUUAAAACCUGUUUUCUGUUGUUUUUUUCCCCCCAAACAAUCAGAAGGGUCACAACUGUGGCCCCUGGAGGGUCGGGGCCAGAACGUCUGUUUAAGUCUCCUGCUUUAUUUUUACUCUGGUCCGUUUUCGGCUCCGGUGGAGUGCCGCGUCUCUCCGGGCCUCAGCGAGCGCAGGUGUUAAAUGUUGUGGUGUGUGUGACCUGAACCCUCCUCUCCAGAUUUAUUUUUUUUGACAUUAUCCACUUUUUAUUUUAUUUUUUGGGCCAAAUUAAAAACAGGAAGAUAUAUUUGAAAGUCAAUAUUUUUUCCCCGUCUUUUAGGGCGAUUUAAAGAACUCUUCAAAUUGAACCAAAGUGUUUCAUUUUUGUUCUGCAGAUAAAAAAAUAAAAAAACACCUUUGUGUUAAUAAAUAAUAAAGUUCAUAUGGUUUAAUUCUCUACUGUUGUUGCUUCAGAGUUGUAAUGUUUUAUUUUCAUAUGAUAUAAUAAAAAAGUCUGUACAGCUGGAGAUAAACAGUCCCUGAAAUCUCUUCUUGUUUUGUGAAAUGACUCAGGAUCUGUUUUUGGGUUUCAGACUCCCUUCAAUCUCCUGAUUUAAAAAAUAAAAUAAAAGGGACAAACCUGCAGCACGAAGUAUGAACUUUAUCUUCCAGGGAUUAAAGUUACAUUGUGCAUACAUGAGGCUGCUCAGAUCUAGUUUCAAGUUUUUGUUGGCAUUAUAUCAGAAAAGAACCGCUUCAAGAACUAUGAGAACCACGGAUAUGCCCAUGCCUCUAUACAUCUGUCUCCUUAGGUAUUUUACAUCUAAUCUGAGAUCAUAAAGAACUGUAACGACUGACCAAAAUGCAUACGUUUAGCUGUAUUUCUUUUGUAAUAUUUUCUUUUUUUAUAUAUAUAUAUAAAUAAAUAGUGUUUCUUCUUCUCUU